AUGGGCUUUCUGCGACAUAGUACGGAUUCUCCACUUCCGUUUAGACAAGGAGAAGAACUUGUUUACUACCACCAGCAUAGUUUGGGUUCCUUUUUAAUUCCCCAGUCACAAGACAAGACCCAUUACAAAACAAGUAGUAUAUCUCACAAGCUCAUUAUGUCCAACUCCAUAACCCAUCAAAACCAAUUUGAGAACCAAGACCUCGAUGCUUAUGGCUCUUCCUUAAGGAGCAACAAUGCAUUUCCUGAAGCCCUGGGAGCAUUUCCAAGCAUUCAAUCUAUUGGAGAUAGAAUAACAAGAUCAGUGCACCUUGUGCAAGCUCCUGUAAUAGCUGCUGAGGGCUCUGAGAUCAGCCACACAAGGCAUUUGAUGGAUCUUCUUGGAGCAGCUAAUGAGAGCAAUCACCAACCUCAAGGCCUCUCCCUUUCUUUGGGCUCUCACAUGCUUGUUCCUUCUGAUGAAUACAAGCAUCGAUCCUUAAAUCCGGGUCUCAUUAACCCCAAUUACUUCAUGUCUGGACAAGAGGCACGGGAAGCUUGUAAUCCAGCAGUGGAGCAUCUAACUAGUGACUACUUUUUCACCAGUGGCACUUUUGCUUCUUCUUCUACCUCAUUGAACCGUUCUCUUUCCACCUCUUAUGGAGCAGAUUCUUUUGCUGCUGUCAUUGGGAACUCAAGAUACCUCAAACCAGCACAGUCCCUUCUUCAAGAUCUUGUUGAUAUUGGCGGAAACAUGGUUGAUAGCAUCAAUGAAAAAUAUGGGGAGAAGUUAUUUCAUGGGAGUAGAACACUCUCCUCAGAGUUAAAAGCAGAGUUGCGGAAUAAUGGACCUUUAUUGGCUGACAAACAUGAACAUCAAAUGAAAAUUGCAAAGUUGAUUACUUUGUUGGAUGAGGUUGAGGGCAGAUAUGAGAAAUAUUACCAUCAAAUGGAAGAAGUGGUGUCAUCAUUUGAAAUGAUAACAGGUCUGGGAGCUGCAAAGUGUUACACUGCUUUGGCACUUCAGGCCAUGUCUAGGCAUUUCUGCAGCUUGAGAGAUUCCAUAUUGUCACAAAUAAAUGUGGAGAAAAGAAAACUCUUUCAGGAUUUGCCUAAAAUCAAUAGCGGAUUAUCUCAACUAAGCUUGUUUGAUAGAGAUUCUAGACAGAGUAGAAUGUCUCUCCAACAUCUUGGGGUGAUCCAAAACCAACGGCAAGUAUGGAGACCCAUCAGAGGGUUGCCUGAGACCUCUGUAGCAAUUCUUCGUUCUUGGCUAUUUGAGCACUUUCUCCACCCUUAUCCUAAUGAUUCUGAAAAGUUAAUGCUGGCAUCCCAGACAGGUUUAACUAAGAACCAAGUCUCAAAUUGGUUCAUAAAUGCUCGGGUACGGCUAUGGAAACCAAUGAUAGAAGAAAUGUACAAAGAAGAGUUCGGAGACUCUUCAGAAGACUCCAACCCGCCUGCUAACAACUACUUGGCGAGGGAAGAUACCACAGAUUGUGUGGAAGAUUGAAUUAAAACCACCAAAGAAAAAAAAAAGAUUGGUUGAUAUUAAUGGGCCUUGAAAUGGUUGCCCCUUUCUCCAAAAUCAGGAGAGAAUCAUUAUGUAACAUAACAAGAUGAGCCAAUAGGACUUCAGGUGAAAUUCUAGUUUUCGAAAAUCAUGACAUGUGUUCUUUAGAUUAGUAACCAGCUAUCAGCC